CACACAGAGUGCGCGAUGGAGUUUGACCUAAUAAGUACAGUUCGUAGUCUUGGUGUUAACCUACUACCACGGUAGACAGGUCAGCUAUAAUCAUAGUUAAUGAAUAGUUAGCUUACUAAAACCGUCAAAAUACUUGUAUGUUCCUAUGGGCUAUGUCAUAUCUGUAAGAAUACUAGCCUACCAGAACAGUCGAUCUCCAGCCAUGUUAUAUCGUGAAGCUAGCGAAAACUUCAUAAAACUAGUGUUUUAAAUGAAAGUAAAGUACAAUAUUGAUAUUUUCUCCGCUUCGCGGCUGAUGGUGAAUAAGCGGCGAGUUCCAAUAGCCAUGGCUGACUCCGCAACGAUGAAGAGACCCGAUGUUAAAUUAGUUCUCCUCGGGGACAUGAACGUAGGAAAAACCUCUUUGCUCCAUCGCUACAUGGCAAGAAAGUUUACAGAGACGGUCAGCACCGUCGGAGGGGCGUUCUUCUUGAAACAGUGGGGACCCUACAACAUUUCCAUUUGGGACACCGCAGGUCGGGAGCAGUUCCACGGGCUUGGCUCCAUGUACUGUCGCGGCGCGGCGGCCAUCAUCCUGACAUACGAUGUCACCAGCUGGCAGAGCCUGGUGGAGCUGGAGGAGCGCUUCCUGUCCCUGACGGACACCGCCAACGAGGACUGCAUCUACGCCAUCGUGGGGAACAAGGCCGACCUCACCGACCCCAAGGCCCUGGAGGCGGGGUCUGAGGAGGGGGCGGAGCCCUCGGAGCGCCGGCCCAGCGUUCGCAAGCAGGUGCAGCGCGAGGACGCCGCGGCGCUGUACGGGCGCGUGCUCAAGUACAAGCUGCAGGACGAGAAGAGCAGCCAGCCCGCCGAGAGCAUGUGCUUCGAGACCAGCGCCAAGACCGGCUACAACGUUGACCUGCUGUUCGAGACGCUCUUCGACAUGGUCCUGCCCUCCAUCCUGAAGAAACGGGCGGAAAACAACUCCCACACCGUGGACCUGGAGGACCGCAGGGACGCAAAGCGGACCAGGUCGGGGUGCUGCUCUUAAGCCGCACACCCAUGCCAAGUUCAGUGUGUGUGUGUGUGUGUGAGAGUGAGAGAGAGUCAGGCGGGUGUGUCUUGUGUCUUCACACGCAUUCCCAGCAAUAUGACUGCUUUAUGGAUUGUAGAAUAACACAAAUGUGCAGUAAAGUUUAUACUUUUGUAAAUGAUAAUGACCAUCUUCUGAAGAAAAAAACCAGCACUGGUGGGGAGAAGAGUUAGGCGCUCAGUGGUACAUUAAAUCUGACUGUGCUCAAUAACGCAGGUCAGAUUUGCAGUAUCGUUCAACAUUCAUGGUGGCGACUGCACAUGCUAUUUUCAUAUCGUUUCACAUUUAUUUUUGAUAAUUUUGUGGCAUUAAGCCGGUGUUAAGACAUCACUUCAGCCACUGAAUCAUUGAACCACUUGUUAAUCCCUGUCAUAGCCUGGUAGAGUACUCCAGUAGCAUCGUUUUUUUUUUUUUCAAAAUAUGAUUUUAUUAAUGAGACAAAAGCAGUAUAAUCAAACCAUUCUGUAAUCUUUGAGAGUUUGGUAAUUGUUUUGCCUUUUUUAUUGCAAUUUUACAUUUUCUAUCAAAACUUUGUAUUGUAAAAUGUGUAUUUAAGUGUAAAUUUUAUAUGGCUAUUUUCUCACUAAUUGUAAAGAAUAAAGAUUUUCAAUGUA